UCGCCGAUAAAUUGUACUGCGAGCAAACGGGAGAAGUAUUGAAGGUAACGCCACACGUACGCAGCAAACCGCUCGAACACGCUACACCCACUGCACGGAAACGGAACAAAGCAGACGAUAGUCCAACGGGAGCCGUUACCACGAACACCAACAUCGUACCAUACCAGCGAUGCAGCCUCCUUCCGCUGCCUCUACUUCGUCUUUCAAUCCCUUCCUUCCCAACAUCCCCGCUGCUCCGUCGUCCUCUACCUUUGGUGCGGAGCCUGGCUUGAGGACUCAGCACAGUUUUAGCAGCAAGGUGGAUGAGGGCUACAGCGGCGAAGAGACACACACUCCUGGCGCGUCGGAGGAUCCAUCGGGUGGCAUGAGGGAUAGAUUUGGCGACGUUAAAAUUCCUGCGUGGAUGACGGGGUUGAGCGAUGCUUUGAGGGAAGAGUACGCCUACAAGCUUGUACGAACCCUACCGACGUCGCACAUCGCCUCUCUGGUCGACCGACUUGUACCCAUCCUACACCUCGAUUUCGUUCAGCUCCUACCUUCGGAACUUUCGCUGCAGAUCCUUUCGUACCUGCCGCCGAAAUCGCUGCUGGAUGCGUCGCUUGCUUCGCGAACCUGGCGCAAGUUCGCUCUCGAGCCCAGAUUGUGGAAAGACCUUUACAGGCGCCAAGGAUGGGAAGCGAACGAAGAUGAGAUUAGGCACUUUGAGACGGAGGUUCGGACUCGUCAUGAGACUGAGAUACGGCAGCAGAUGGAGUCGAAGAGGAAGGCGGAGGAGAACCGGAAGGAGGAGAGGAAGGCGAAGGAGGCGCGACGAUCUAGAGUGGUGGGCGACAACGGAGGCAGUCAGCCGAUGGAUAUAUCUCAAGACUGGGGGAACGACGUUAUCGAACCGAAUGGGUCAGACGCGAUAGAUGUGGCUUACGGGGCGGCUACGGAUGCCGAUGAGAAACCGAUCGUAUACCCCGGUGUGGGAUCAGACGACGAAGAGAUGUAUCCCACGCCACAGCGCCGCCCGAUGGCUACGACGCAAGGCUACUCGGAGCCUCCGUUGGCAAUCCAGCCAACUCUGACAACUCCUGGAUACGGAUAUCCCCGCCUCAAUUGGGCGUUCCUAUUCAAGAACCGAAGAAAAUUGGAAGAGAACUGGAUCACCAACAAUUGCACACCCUUCCAGAUCCCACAUACAAACUAUUCGCACGAAGGACACAGUGAGUGCAUUUACACGAUUCAGUACUCGCCGAAGUGGCUUUGCUCCGGCUCUAGGGACAGGACGAUCCGGGUGUGGAACGUUAAGACGCGGAGACUUCGUGGAGAGCCACUACGCGGCCAUGCCGGGAGCGUCCUUUGCCUCCAGUUUGACGAGCACCCCGAUGAGGAUGUCAUCAUCUCGGGAUCCUCGGAUGCGAGUGUCAUCGUCUGGCGAUUCUCGACCGGUGAAAAACUGCAGACGAUACCACAGGCUCACGAAGAAUCGGUUCUCAACCUUCGAUUCUCCAAGAAGUGGCUGGUGACGUGCAGCAAGGACAAAUUGAUCAAGAUCUGGAACAGACGGCCGUUGGAGACUUCGAACCCAGACUAUCCCUGGAACAGCAAAUUAUUGUUCGGACCCCAGGGUGCGCCUCCGAACCACCCCCACCAUCCUCAGUACCAGCCCUCGUGGCACGUCCAAGAUCCUUCGUCGUCUAGUGGUUUGAACCUUCAGAACCCUUUCAACACUAGCUUCAACAGCAACAGGAGCAAGUUCACACCCAAGCCUCUUUCUGCGUAUUCCGCCGUUCAGGCCCUCAAGGGUCACGUCGCAGCGGUCAACGCAAUCCAGUUGAAUGGCGAUGAGAUUGUCUCGGCAUCCGGCGAUCGCGUUAUCAAGCUUUGGAACCUGAGGACGGGAACGUGCGAGAAGACUUUUGUUGGACACCAGAAAGGAAUCGCUUGCAUUCAGUUCGACGGCAGGACCAUUGUGUCCGGCUCGAGCGACCAGACCAUCCGUGUCUUCGACCGAGACACACAAGCGGAGAUUGCAACUCUGCGUGGGCACACCUCCCUUGUGCGGACCGUGCAGGCGACCAGGAACAAGAUCGUGAGUGGUAGUUACGACGAGAGUGUUAGGAUCUGGAGAAGGGAUGAGGAUACUGGUGAUUGGAAUCCCGACCACAUUCUUCGACAGGCCAUCACACCGCUUCCGACAGCGCCUGGUCCCGGUGGUGCUGGCCCUGCGAACCAUGCCCAGCUGCAGAUGGCCGCGCUCCAGAAUUUCCAGGCUGCCGCGGCGGGAGGAAAUCCGGGUGCCGUGCAGAUGCAUCAGGUUCAGCAGGUGGGCCAGCCUGGACUUGCCGGAGCCAUCGUCGCUGCUCAAUUGCUAGGACAAGACAAUCACGUUCACAACCAGACAGCUCCACAACAGCAGCAGCAGCCCCCGCAGCAGCCUCCACAGCAGGUUCAGCAACAGGCUGCCGUUAUUGCUGCGGCUGCGGCUGCGGCACCCGCACAGGCUGGAGGGCUACAUAGAGUGUUCAAACUCCAGUUCGACGCCAGAUGGAUCAUCUGCUGUUCACAGGACACAAGGAUCGUGGGAUGGGAUUACGCGGCGGACGAUGAGAGUGUUAUCGAGGCCAGUCGGUUCUUCCGGGGUGGUAAUUAGAUGUACUGCUCAAUACCUGUGAUUUUCCCCACCUACUGCUUAUAGUUCUUGCUACUACAGUUAAUGCUGUCACUUUAUUACUUGCCUUCUGUUU